AUGCCGCCCUCAAAGAAGAAGAUCCAGGGGGCCCAGGCGCCCAAGGGCCGUGCCCAGGGCCGGCUACCCGGCCUACCGUCGCCUGCACUGUGCUGUGCCUGCGGUCUAUGCGUGCUGCUGGCGGGUGUGAACGUGACACUGGUGGGCGCUUUUGCCUCCUUCCUGCCAGGGCACAACGCGCCCCUGAUCGUGGGGCCGGCGCUGCUAGUGCUAGCGCUGGGCUUCUUCACGGCCUGCUGUGUGUGCAGCAGCCGGGGCCCUGCACCCCACGCGCGCUCCUUGGCGACUGCUGGCCGGGAUCCAGGCGCCGGGCGCGCGGGGCCGGUAGCACUGGAGAUGGAGAGCAGCGAGCGCACAGCGCAGGACACCACGGCCGUGCAGCUCAGCCCCGCUGCCUCGGCCGCGUCCUCCGGACGCUCCAGCCCAGGCCCCAGCCUCUUCGCCCUGGACGCACCGGCCCCAGCAACCGUCUAUGUGCCACGCCCAGAAGGGAACCAGCUCAACAUACCCCGGGAGCAGGCUGCCUCCUAG